AGGGCAAACAGCAGCCAGUUAUCUCUGUGCUGCCUUUUUCUGCACCAUUCCUCUCUUUCUCUCUCUAACCAUCCCAAAGCCUCCAAGAUUUUAUAUACAAAGACACCCACUUCCUCUCUGUCUGUGUCUCGCUCUAAAAUGGCCCAGCUGGACCAAAAUUUAUGUUAAAAGAGGUUUUCUUUUUUUUUUUUUCCCUUUUUUUUUUUCCUUUGAGAAAAACAAAAGAGAAAAAUGGCAAGGAUAGAUAUGUCUUCAAUUCUCAUCCAACCACACCUCUCUUUCUCUUUCUCCAAACAAAUACCCACUUCCCACAAUUGCCCUUCUCUGAAUCCAUUUUUCAUCUCUCAUUCUUUCAACUCUUUACCUCCGACCUUCAUGGGCUUUUUCGGGUUCUCACAUCCUCCCAGAGUUAGACCCAGAGAGGAUUACAACAUACUCAGAACGUACCCUCCUUCCCUUCUUUCCUAUUCCUGUAUCCAUUAUUUGCCUUUUGGGUUUUUCCUUUUUCUCUUUCUCUCUCUAAAAUCUCUAAAAAUCUCAUCUUUUUUGCUGGAGUUGGUGUUAAUCUCCAGGUUUGUUCGUUCUUUGGAAUUUGUGGGUUCUUUGGAGAAUACGGGGAGAGUUUCAUUGGCUGCUGAUAUGCUAUUUCUGUGUAAUCUCUCUAAAAGUCCCAUCUUUGUCUCCUAGUCGUAUUUGGGUUUGCGUUUUCUUUGAUUCACGACAAAGUUUGGAUGCCAAAGGUUCAACCUUUUUGAGGAGAUGAAAAGAGUUCCAUAGGAUUUUUCAUCUAUUUUCACCUUUCUAUGUUUUAUCAACGCUGGCGAUACAAUUCCGGAGACAAAGAUGAAAAGGGUCUCUGUCAAUUCUCUUCAUUCUCAACCUGUUGACGAGGAUGCUAGGGUUAAAUUGAGACAUCAAAGUCUUCUGCAAGAUUAUCUGGAACUGCAGAAGGAAUUUGUUUCAAAGAAGAAGAAAGUGCAGACUACAAUGCAGAAAAGAGAAACCCUUUUGGCCGAAGUUCGAUUUUUGAGGCGAAGGCAUAAAUACUUGCUAAAGCAGCAAUAUCCCAAAAUCAAAACAGAUGAUGUUCAGCAGCACAAUUCUGAUGUACAGCUUAAGCUAUCAGCAAAACAAAGGAAAUAUAAUGUCACUGAAGGUGUCCAAAGCAAUCCCUCCACAGUUUUGGAUAUGAAGCAGAUUUGGAGUCAUGUAGAGAAUGAAGGAGGAAAGAAACAAAACCAUGUUAGGGAGCAGGUAAGAGUACAGAAGAAGCCCAAGAAUUGCUUGAUCAAUAACAAAAAAGCUGAAAAGCAGAAAAUUUCAGUGCAAGAUCAGGUUGCUCUGAAGGUUGUUUCUUUUAUUACUUAAGAGUAGUAAAAGCUACUGGUUUAGUGUGAAUUAUAUAGAAUUCCAUUGUCUCCUAUAGUUCUCUAACUUUUCAGAGUGUUCUGCCUUUUUCAUCGGAAACUGUAUAGCACCAUUCGACAAUUUUAGUAUACAUGAAUAAUGAAGUUGCAGAAUUUCUUCCUUUCA